GCACGGAGACUCUUUAAAGUUAAAUAAACGCCGCGGCGCGACUCGAGUUGCACACAGUGUGCAGCGGCGCUGAGGGGCAGGCAACGAACCAAGACGAACUGAACCGAACCUGCGUGACAGAAAGACUCUUCUAGAGAAUGACGUCCGUUUGUCCAAGAUGCGAUAAGACUGUGUUUUUCGCUGAGAAAGUGAGCUCUCUGGGGAAAAACUGGCACCGCUUCUGUCUGAAAUGUGAACGAUGUAGUAAGAUUCUGUCUCCUGGAGGUCAUGCGGAGCAUGAUGGAUUGCCUUACUGUCAUAAACCCUGCUACGGAACUCUCUUUGGACCAAAAGGUGUAAAUAUUGGAGGGGCGGGGUCUUAUAUAUAUGACACGCCUCCUCAAACACCGGUCGACAAAUCAUGUAACAGCCCUUCAGACGUGUCACCCACUACACCUUGGACCAACUCACAGAUCAACUAUAAUCAACCCAAAGCUUCCACUGCACCUACACGCAUGUUUGCUGGAGAGACUUAUUUGUGUCCCGGCUGUGGAAAGGCAGUUUAUUUCGCUGAGAAGGUGAUGUCACUGGGUCGCAACUGGCACAGGCCGUGCCUUCGCUGUAUGAGGUGCAAGAAAACACUGACCCCUGGUGGUCAUGCAGAGCAUGAGGGCAGCCCAUACUGCCAUGUGCCCUGCUAUGGGUACCUUUUUGGACCAAAAGGUGUGAACAUUGGAAAGGUGGGCUGUUACAUUUAUGAGAAAGAAAAUGCAGAGAAUGAAAUGCCAAGUGAACAUUAAGUCAUAAAGAAAAGCUCUUUUUUAUUUGGUACAGAAAUGUUUUUUUACAUCAUUAAUAGAAUUGUAAGGUGUAAAAGUUUAUGUUCACACAGAUAUAUGCAAAUGUCAUUACAUAUGUAUGUAUUGUAAUUGAAAUGGCCACUGGCAUCUUAAAAAAGAAUUCAUACACAACAAUCCCUACUCAAACACUUGCACACACACAUACAUAGACUCUCUCUCUCUCUCUCUCUCUCUCUCUCUCUCAUUUUUCUCUUUCACAAACACAUAUUCACAAAUUCACACCUGCAUUUAAUCUUAUUUAGAAAACCUCUGUAAUUAUUACAUGGCACUGGAGAAAUCUGUAAAUCUUUGUGUAACUAAUAAAAAAUAUUUUAAAAGAA